AGAGUAAAAGUGUGAUCAUAAAACGUAAACAAAUUCCCUUAACAUCUUCAUUUUGCUUCUCUUUCUUUGCUUCUUGUCAUUUUUUCUGUGCUUUAGUGUGUGUUUAUUUAUGUGUGAGGAGUUGCAUCAACAGCAAACAUCAGCUACAUCAUUAUAAUCAUUACCAAAUCCCGCAAAACAACAGGUUAUCUUUAAGUGAAACCAAAAUUUAAUGUGAUAUCAAAAAUCGAGAGCAACAUUGGCCAAAAAUCAACAGCAUCAAUAAAAAAGAAACCCUUUCAUCAUCAAAUGUCUUUUUCUUUGUAUUUAAUUCAAAUUUUACCUUUUCUUUUGUGAUUUAUAAAAGGCAUCUCUUACCUUUUAACCGUCAAUCAAGUGUGUAAAAAUAUUUACUCGACGAUUCGCUUAAACCCAAUCAAUCUUAUCUAAUCACAAUUGUUGCCAAAUUUUGGAGGAAAAUGCCUCUUUUCCACAAAAAAGAGGUUAAAAAAGAUGGACCAAAAGUGGAUGAAAAAUACGACCUUAAAGAUGUUCUUGGAACUGGAGCAUUUUCACAAGUUGUUCUAGCUGAGAGUAAAGAGCGUCCAGGAGAACUGGUUGCCGUGAAAUGUAUCGACAAGAGAGCCCUUAAAGGAAAGGAAGAUUCACUGGAAAAUGAAAUUCGUGUACUUCGUAAACUAAACCAUUCCAAUAUUGUUCAACUGAAGGAAACUUAUGAAGAUAAGCAAAAGGUUUAUCUGGUGAUGGAGUUGGUGACUGGAGGUGAACUGUUUGACCGGAUAGUUGAGAAAGGAAGUUACACUGAAAAAGACGCAAGUGCACUUAUCCGUCAAAUAUUGGAAGCAGUUGAUUAUAUGCAUUGUCAAGGUGUUGUUCAUCGAGACUUGAAACCUGAAAAUUUACUUUACUACAAUCAAGAUCCUGAUUCAAAGAUAAUGAUCAGUGAUUUUGGACUUUCCAAGAUGGAAGAUUCAGGUGUAAUGGCCACAGCAUGUGGUACACCCGGUUACGUUGCACCCGAAGUAUUAUCCCAAAAACCGUAUGGAAAAGCAGUCGAUGUUUGGUCAAUUGGGGUCAUUGCAUACAUACUUCUGUGUGGUUAUCCGCCUUUUUAUGAUGAAAAUGAUGCCAAUCUUUUUGCUCAGAUUGUUAAAGGUGACUUUGAAUUUGAUUCACCUUAUUGGGAUGACAUUUCUGAUUCUGCAAAAGACUUUAUUACUCACUUGAUAUGCGUUAAUCCCAACAAAAGGUAUACAUGUAAACAAGCCCUUGCUCAUCCAUGGAUCAGUGGAAAUGCAGCUUCUGACAAGAAUAUUCAUGGAUCAGUCAGUGAACAAUUGAAGAAGAAUUUCUAUAAAACUAAAUGGAAACAAGCAUACAAUGCUGCAGCCGUUGUUCACCAAAUGAAGAAACUUGCAGUCGGCAAAUCACAUCAACAUUCAACUGAAGAUAAUGAUAAAAAUUGCAUUAAUCCAUCCACUGGGAUCAACCAUUCUGAUGUUAAUAAACCUCUGAACAACCUGAACAGCAUAAACACCAAAAACACCAACAGUAAUAACAAUAGUAACAAUAGUAAAAAUAGCAAUUCGGUUAACAAUAGCAAUUCAAACAACAGUUCAACUGAAGUUGCUUCAUCUGCCACCUUAAAUGAUGUUAAAGCGCCAAUCAAAACGCCAAUCGCUGACCGUACAUGAUGUCAAUGAAACUUACAUGUGAAAGAAAACAGUUGAAGCGCUCGAAGCACGAAACAUCCAAUAAACGCAACGCAUUCCCACAAUUGAUAACUCAUUACCUGUUUAAUUUGACCAACUUACCUGAUUCCAUGCAAUAAUUGAUUCACAUUUUUCUCUUUUCAUUUUAUUCUAAUUUUAUUCUUCUAACAUUAUUUCCCAAGAUUCCCCUGAAAAUGCAUUGUAAUGAAGCAACAAAAAAGUAACAAAUGUUAAGCAUUGAUUAACUCGAGGAUUUAACCAACAACCCAAGUUAAAUCAAAGUUAACCAUAAAUAUUUAAACUGAUUAAUAAUGGAAUCAAUAAUUGAUAAAUAAUCCAAGACGAAAUGUUGAGGAUUGAAAAGUGAAAAGAAAAGCCCAAAUUGAGCAAAAAAAGUCAACAUUGAUUGUUGAUCAGUUGAUGCAAUUUCAAUUAAUAUUACUAAUACUUAUUUAGAUGUU